AUGGCGGCUCUAAGCUUUUGCUCUAAUAACCUCCCAGCUUGUUAUCCUAAUCCCCUUCACCAAAAUCUGAUAAACCCAGACACUGCCGUUUUCCCACAAACAAAGAAACAAAGAUCAUCAUCAUCAUCAUCAUCACCCACAUUGUCGUUUCCAAACACCAACUCUUUCACCAAUCAUGUGGAUCCAUUCCUACUCCAAACUACCAAUUAUAACAAUCAUCAUCAACCAUUAUUCUUCUCCAACCCCACAAACCACAACCCUUUCUUCUCAUCAGCUCUCUCUCCACAACCCCUUUAUUCCCCUUUCGAAUAUGAUUACUAUAAUCCUAAUAAUAAUAAUCUCGAUUAUUCUGGCUACUACGGUAUUAAUUAUUACUCUGAUCAACCGGAAUACGUGUUCAAUAAUGAUCACGAGCCUUACUUUUCCGUUUUGAUUCCGGAGUAUGAUCAUUAUCAUCACAUUGACGAUCGACUACUGCUGGCUCCCUUAUUACCAGAACAAGUAGUAGUGCCUGAUAAUCAUGAUCGAAAUCAUAAUGUGAUGAUGAUUAAUAACAAUGCUUAUAAUAAUAAUUAUUGUUAUCACGAGCAGGCGGAGAUGAUGGGGAAUGCCAGUACUAGUAAUAGUAAUGCCGGUGAAGAUGCUAUUCAUCAAGAGUUGAAGAAGAGCAGCAGCAGCAGUAGCAAGGUGGUGUCGCCGCAGAGUAUGGCGGCGAGAGAGAGGAGGAGGAAGAUAACGGAGAAGACACAGGAGCUAGGCAAACUCAUUCCUGGUGGCACUAAGAUGACCACUGCUGAAAUGUUCCAAGCUGCUUCCAAAUAUGUCCACUUUUUGAAGGCACAAAUCGCCCUUCUUCAGGAGAUGAGUAAGGAAGAGGCAUUGAAUAUCAAAGGACUUGAAGUUUUAGGAUCGCCAAUUGUUCAGGAGAAGUUGUAUUUGGAAGACAAGUGUUUGGUUCCAAAAGAAUUUGUUGAUCGAGCGAGCAAAGCCAAUCAAACCAUGUUCACGAAUGGUAAUGAUACAAAUGAUAAGAAAUGA